AUCACCAAUAAUGGCAUCUGAAGACUUGAGGAGGUUGCGAGCUGCACGAGGUUACACCAAGGCCUCAAUCACUCGUCUCUUCAACUUUAGCAAUAAUGAGAAUGAUGUUGGCCUUAGUGCAAUUUCUAACUUGGAAACGAAGCGCGCCAGGAUAGGUGAGUUAUUCAAAGAUUACGAGCAAUGUAAUAAGGAGAUUUUAGCCUUAGACGAAGCGGACGCGGAGGAUGUGGAGGACUAUGAGGCAAAGUACUACAACAUUCUCACUAUCCUCAAUGAGGCUAUAAAAAACAAGUCGUCCUCGUCUGAUGCGCCCUCGUCUGACGCUCCCGCGUCUUCCUGCAAAAAGGCUAAACUGCCUACUAUAAAAAUUGAAACUUUCACUGGUAAGUAUAGUGAAUAUACAGGUUUUAUUAACUUGUUUAAGGCAAUAAUACACAACGAUAGAUCAAUUGAUAAUGUCCAAAAAUUGUACUAUUUGCGCUCAUUUCUCGCAAAUGAACCCUUUGACUUGAUUAAGAACCUGCCUCUAGCUGAAGGCAGCUACGAGGAGGCUCUUAAGCUUUUAGAGGAGAGGUAUAACCAUAAGUUCAAAAUUGUAAAUGAACACAUUAAUGCCUUGCUUGAUAUAAAUGCCUUGGUCAAAUCUAACCCUGCAAAUUUAAGACAGUUUGUGUCAUGCAUCAAACAAUCUUUAUCUGCAUUAAAGAAUUUAAAUGUAAGUACAGAUAAUUGGAAUCCUAUUAUAUUGGCUAUUUUGUACCGUAAAUUAGACACCUACACGUCACGGGCAUACCAGUUGGAGCGUGAUGACACUGAGGAGCCCACAGUCACCGAGUUCCUGCUGUACUUGGAGAAACGCGCCUUGGCACUGGAGAAUGCUGAGCCGUCGCCCACACCGGGGAAGUCUUACCACAAGGCAGUGGUGAAUGUCCUCCUUCUGGAGCCAGUUCCGGGUCAGCAGGAGCGGUCUGCGCAGCCUGUUGAAGACCCAGCCAGUCCACACCCGACGGUUGUAAAUACAAAGUUUGGCUACAUCAUAGGUGGGGGUUUACCACGACAACAAACCAGUGACAAAAGUAAGGUGAUUCGAGAUCUCACAGAUAGAUGGCGCUGGCUGUAUGUACCCAGUGGAGAAAAUCCGAGCGACUGCUUGAGCAGAGGUACAGAUCCAGAUGAGCUGCGUCACAUACCCAUGUGGCUGCACGGCCCAAGCUUUCUACAGGAAGAAUCAAAGCUCAGUGUGCAAAACAGCUGA